AGCUUUUCUAUGGAUACUGACAUUGUUCAUCCUGUCCGGGUGGAUGAACAUGGCUCUUUCCUGACCUUUGAUUUAACUCCUCGCAACCUGCAGAAGAGAGGACUUUCUUCCGGCUCGGUGCCCACUACCUAUUACGGGAUCAGAUUCCAGGGAGUGGAGCUGACCUUUAACCUUAGCCAGAACCACCAGCUAUUGGCCCCUGGCUAUGUGAGUGAGUGGCGCAAUGGAGGCCUCAGGGAGACAAGGCUUGUAAGCCGACCACCUGGCUCAUGCCACAUGCGGGGGGCAGUUCAGACACACCACCAGCUUGUUGGCAAUGCCGCUAUUAGUAUCUGCAGUGGACUGAGAGGUGUCUUCCAGCUGGAGCAUGAAGAUUUCAUAAUCGAGCCAGUGGCAACAACAGCUCCACCAUUGGGGAAAGCAAUGCCUCAUCGGAUCUACAGGCGUCAUUUAGCUGAAGGGCAGCAACCAGGGUACAGGAGCUGCGGUGUGAGGGAGAACCCCGAAUCACACAAUAAAUGGGAGAGAAGAAGGGAGCGCUGGGAGCAAUCACAGAAACAACACAGAGAGCGCCCUAUAUCCCGCCGUUCCAUUAGCAAAGAAAAAUGGGUGGAGACUUUGGUUGUUGCUGAUCCCAAGAUGGUGGAAUAUCACGGAAGUAACAAUGUGGAAAACUAUGUGUUGACUGUCAUGAACAUGGUUGCUGGGCUCUUCCAUGACGCUAGUAUUGGGAACAGGAUAAACAUUGUUAUCGUGCGCCUGAUCCUGCUAGAGAGUGAGGAGGAGGACCUGAAGAUUACUCAUCAUGCUGACAACUCUCUGCGCAGCUUCUGCAAAUGGCAGAAGAGCAUCAAUAUGAAGAGUGAAGAUCACGCUUUACACCAUGAUGUGGCUGUUCUACUUACCAGGAGAGACAUCUGUGCCUCUAUGAAUCGUCCAUGUGAAACCCUUGGUCUUUCCCAUGUGUCUGGCAUGUGCCAACCACACCGUAGCUGCAAUAUUAAUGAAGACACAGGUCUGCCUACGGCAUUCACAGUCACUCAUGAACUGGGACACAGUUUUGGUGUUCAGCAUGAUGGCAAUGGAAAUGACUGCGAACCCAGGGGAAAGAGACCUCAUAUUAUGUCACCGCAGCUUCUCUAUGACACUUCUCCACUUACCUGGUCCCGGUGCAGCAGAGACUACAUCACACGCUUCUUAGACCGAGGUUGGGGGCUUUGCUUGGAUGACCCACCAAGUAAGGAGUUACUUAAUUUCCCUUCUGUUCCUCCGGGAGUCCUGUAUGAUGUUGGACAUCAGUGCCGCCUUCAGUAUGGAUCAGGUUCCACCUUUUGUCGGGACCUUGAUAAUGUAUGUAACUCACUGUGGUGUUCUGUGGGGACCACGUGUCAUUCGAAGCUUGAUGCUGCAGUAGAUGGAACUACUUGUGGUGAAAACAAGUGGUGCUUUGGUGGUGACUGUGUGCCUGUUGGUUAUCGUCCUGCUGCGGUGGAUGGGUCAUGGGGUUCCUGGAGCUCGUGGUCAUCAUGUACUCGCUCCUGCGGAGCUGGGAUUCAAAGUGCAGAGCGGCACUGCAGCAAUCCUACGCCUAGAUACGGAGGAAGAUAUUGCCUGGGGGAGAGAAAGAGAUACCGUGUGUGUAAUGUUACACCCUGUCCUCAGGGCGUUCCUUCAUUGCGUGAAGUGCAAUGCUCCCAGUUUGAUUCUGUACCUUACAAAGGGAAGCUUCACCAAUGGAGCCCAGUGUUCAUCAGCAUAAAUCCAUGUGAGCUUCACUGCCAGUCAAGCACAGAGUACUUUGCAGAGAAGCUACGAGAUGCCGUGAUCGAUGGAACCCCAUGUUUUGAGGGAAACACAAGCCGAGAUGUGUGCAUCAAUGGAAUAUGUAAGAACAUUGGCUGUGACUACGAGAUUGACUCCAAUGCUGUGGAGGACCGCUGUGGUGUUUGUCAUGGUGACUCUUCUACAUGUCAUACUGUGCACAAAACGUUUGAUGACAGUGAUGGACUUGGUUAUGUGGACAUAGGUCUCAUUCCGCCAGGUGCUCGUGAGAUCCGAAUUGAAGAAGUGGCAGAGGCUGGAAACUUUUUAGCUCUCCGCAGUGAAGACCCAGAGAAGUAUUUCUUGAAUGGCAAAUGGACUAUCCAGUGGAAUGGGGAUUACCAAGCAGCAGGCACAACUUUCACCUACACCCGCACUGGGAAUUUGGAAAACCUGACCGCACCUGGACCAACCUACGAGCCUGUAUGGAUACAGCUGCUGUUCCAGGAGAAGAAUCCCGGAGUGCGGUACCAGUACACCGUUAGAAGAGACCUAGACGAUAGCAAUGAGGUCCAACCGCCAGAGUUCUCUUGGAGAUAUGGGGCAUGGUCUGAGUGCUCUGCCACAUGUGGCACAGGGGUUCAGAGGCAGCUGGUGCAUUGCGUGGAAAAAGUGGCUGGUCUUGUGGAAGAAAGAUAUUGCGAUUCACUGACACGGCCCGAUGACAUACAACGAAGCUGCAAUGAGGAGCCAUGCCCUCCAAGGUGGUGGGUCGGAGAGUGGCAGCAGUGCUCCAUCACAUGUGGCUCUGGCGGUGUGCAGAAGAGAACUGUCCUAUGUAUUCAGCGCGUGGGACUGGAUGAGCAGCGAGCUCUACAACCCCCAGAUUGUGAACACCUCCCCAAACCUGAAUCCAGCAUCUCUUGCAAUCAUCGUGAGCCCUGCCCUGCCCUCUGGCACCAUGGGAACUGGAGCCAGUGCUCUGUAUCCUGUGGAGAAGGGUUCCAGCAUCGAGAUGUAUAUUGUGAUAAUGCCCUGGAAGGAGGUUCCUGUGAACCUUCUGAACGUCCUCUUUCCAAGCAAGUAUGUGCCAUGCUGGCUUGCAUACCAGACUUCAGCAUAUUUGACUGGACAGGAAGCGGAGGCUCUAGCAAAGAAAUUGUCAAUGAAAUCUUUCCAGGCCAUCCAAGAGCUUCCCCUAGCAAUCGGCAUUCCCUGAAAGACAAUUCCAUCUCAGAAGGUGACUUCACUAAUCAUGGUGAUGGUCAAGGCAAAGCAGGGAAAGCUUAUGUUGAUGAUUUUUAUUAUGAUUACAACUUUAUCAAUUUUCAUGAGGAUUUAACUUAUGACCCCGUAGAAGAUAUUUACAUCAAAGAAGAUGAAGAAGUAGAUCAGGAAUACAUUCCAGUCCAUACAGUCCAUACACCUAGUUCGGGAAAAGGCAAUAAUGACAUCCUUUCCACAGGAAGCCCACAUAAUCGAUUAACCACCACUGGUCCCUUGCAAACCUCUCAUUCAGUGACAGAAACCACACAAAGUUCAACAUAUUAUUCUUCAUCUACUUCUGAACUAGAUACAAAAGAUUUACAAAAUUCAGCACGCUAUAUCCCAUCAGAUCUGGGACAGGAUUCACAACCAGGGCCAGACCAAACAGCAUAUGCAACUACUUCAAGCCAAACAUUUUCACCUCAAAAGGAGAACAGUUUACAAGAUAAUUUUUCUCCAGAUUUCUUACCAAGCAAGCCUAAAUAUUCUUUAGAUGUUUUUUCAUGGAGUUCGUCUACCCCAUCUUCCACAGAUUCAGCAGAAAUUAUCUCUACAGUAAAAACAACUCUGCAUGCAAGCUCUGAUGGUAUGACCUCUAGCAACCCUUACGUCACACCAUCCCCACCCACAGUUCCAUUCCUCACUACAGUCUUGAUGCACAUUCCAGACCCUAAUAAUGAAGGAAGCAUGUAUCCUCAUCUAAGUGAAGACAAAACGAAAUCUUCAAAUACAACAUCUAGUAAUCGCUUCAUCUUAUCACCUGUGGGAGGCGAUCUACAGAGGAGUCACUGGAAUGUAGGAAACUGGACUGAGUGUUCCACUUCCUGUGGCCUUGGUGCAAUGUGGCGCUCAGUUAUGUGCAUGGCAGAAGGUAAUAACACAUGUGACACCAGUGCCAAACCAGCUCCGGCACGCCGUUGCCAUCUGCGGCCUUGUGCAUCAUGGACAAUGGGAAACUGGAGCAAGUGUUCCCAGAGCUGUGGAACGGGAGUUCGGGUCAGAGACGUCCAAUGUGUGGACACUCGGGACAAGAGGAUUCUGAGACCCUUCCAUUGCCAGAGUACAGUAUUCAAGCCACGUGUACAGAUGGUCUGUCAUGAGCAGAAAUGUAUGGAGUGGUAUGUUUCCUCCUGGAGAGAGUGCUCAGAGGAGUGUGGUGGUGGCAUGCAGCAGAGGCUGGUCACCUGCCCUCAGACUGGUCGCUGUGAUGAAAGUCUGAAACCCAACAGCAGUCGCCCUUGUAACGAACAUCCAUGUACUACAUGGGCUGUUGGACCCUGGGGCCUGUGCACAGCUUCCUGCGGAGGGGGAAUCCAGCGUCGCCAGGUGAAAUGCGUGAACAAAGGGACGGGGGCAGCUGAGGAAGAUAACAAUCUGUGUGAUCAUGAACCAUGGCCUGAAAACAUCCAGAAGUGUAACCCUCAGGACUGCCAGCAGAACACCACCACCUCAUGCACCCGUGACCGCCUCACAUUCAGCUUCUGCCGCACCUUGAGGGUCCUUGGUCGCUGUUCACUGGCCACAGUCCAAGCUCAAUGCUGCCAGACCUGCCAGACUCAUUCCCAGAGUUCACGUGAGCUCACAAACCAGCGGUUGUCCCGGAGGUGAGGAUGACCGCUGUCUCUAGUCUCAGGGACAAAAACUUUGCAGUGGACAUGUCUGCAAUGAUUGGAUAUAGUCACCCCUGCUGAAAUGGUCCAAAGAUCCGUCCCAGCAUCUUCUGCCUUGCAAGUGAGGUCAUUAAUUGUUCACAAGAUAAUGGAAAUGGUGAAGGAACAGGUUUCUGUGUGGAUUGGACUCUAUUCGGCUACCACUUUCCCACAACCCGUCCAAGAUUGCACAGUCUCCGGACCUUUGGUGCUAAUGUUCAAGUGACGUAAACUCAGAACUCUUAUAACGAUUCACUGGCUGGCCAGUGGAUGAAUGUUGUGCUCCUUAUAAUGGUCAGCUUUCUGGUGCUUAUGAUGUCUUUGGUCUCAGCCUCAGGCAUAUAUUGCGUAGCUAGACAGCAGUCCAUCGAACAGUCCCACCCACGAGGCAAGAGAACCUGUUUGCCCUCUUUCAUGCCUUUACUUUGUGUAAUUUUACUUUUCUAGCUUUGUGCACUGAUGAUGAAUAUGGGGCUGACGUUCUGCUGAAAACAUCUCUAAGCAA